GCCGUCGCCAUCUUGCAGGGUGGGCUGCGCAGACUUUUGGCGCCAGGCCCGCGCGCACGAGCAAGACGUAGAGCCCGCGUCCUUUCCCUGGUGCGAUUCCGUCCUGCGCGUCUGUUCUGCAGCACAGAAGCCGUUCAUCUCCGCCCGCCUUCUCUCUCACCUAAGUGCGUGCUACCACCCCAUGGAAGAUUCUAUGGACAUGGACAUGAGCCCUCUGAGGCCCCAGAACUACCUUUUCGGUUGUGAACUAAAGGCCGAUAAAGAUUAUCACUUUAAGGUGGAUAAUGAUGAAAAUGAGCACCAGUUAUCUUUACGAACGGUCAGUCUAGGGGCUGGAGCAAAGGAUGAACUGCACAUUGUCGAAGCAGAGGCCAUGAAUUACGAAGGCAGUCCGAUUAAAGUAACACUGGCAACUUUGAAAAUGUCUGUACAGCCAACGGUUUCCCUUGGUGGCUUUGAAAUAACACCACCUGUGGUCUUACGGUUGAAGUGUGGUUCAGGGCCUGUGCAUAUUAGUGGACAGCACUUAGUAGCUGUGGAGGAAGAUGCAGAGUCAGAAGAUGACGAAGAGGAGGAUGUGAAACUCCUAAGUAUGUCUGGAAAGCGGUCAGCCCCUGGAGGUGGUAGCAAGGUCCCGCAGAAAAAGGUAAAACUUGCUGAUGAAGAUGAUGAGGAUGACGAUGAAGAGGAUGAUGAUGAUGAAGAUGAUGAUGAUGAUGAUUUUGAUGAUGAUGAAGCAGAAGAAAAAGCUCCAGUAAAGAAAUCCAUACGAGAUACUCCAGCCAAAAAUGCACAAAAAUCAAAUCAAAAUGGAAAAGACUCAAAACCAUCAACACCAAGAUCAAAAGGUCAAGAAUCGUUCAAAAAACAGGAAAAAACUCCUAAAACACCGAAAGGACCUAGUUCUGUAGAAGACAUUAAAGCAAAAAUGCAAGCAAGUAUAGAAAAGGGCGGUUCUCUUCCCAAAGUGGAAGCCAAGUUCAUUAAUUACGUGAAGAAUUGCUUCCGGAUGACUGACUUGGAGGCUAUUCAAGAUCUCUGGCAGUGGAGGAAGUCUCUUUAAGAAAAUAGUUUAAACAGUUUGUUAAAAUUUUCCGUCUUAUUUCAUUUCUGUAACAGUUGAUAUCUGGCUGUCCUUUUUAUAAUGCAGAGUGAGAACUUUCCCUACCGUGUCUGAUAAAUGUUGUCCAGGUUCCAUUGCCAAGAAUGUGUUGUCCAAAAUGCCUGUUUAGUUUUUAAAGAUGGAACUCCACCCUUCGCUUGGUUUUAAGUAUGUAUGGAAUGUUAUGAUAGGACAUAGUAGUAGUAGUGGUCAGACAAAUGGGAAUGGUGGGGAGACAAAAAUAUACAUGUGAAAUAAAACUCAGUAUUUUAAUAAAGUAGCACUGUCUCUA